AUGGCACGAGACAGCUCCCGUGAUGCCCGUAGAAGCGAACAGCAGGCUCUCGAUGCCGAGGAGGGCCGCUCACUGCUCGCUCAAGGCUCGCCGCAAGCGGACAAUGGCGGCGAAAGUGACGGCGACAGCGACAGCGACAUCGUAGUGCACCGUGGUGCUUCUCCGUUGACCAGAUUCUCUCCGCCGCCUGAUGCGUCGCCCGAGAGCAAUUCACCCUCCGGCCCUUCUCCUAAACCCGGUCGAGGUGGCCCUCCGCGCCGCCAGUCCUCCUUCGCCCAGCCGAGACCUGACGGGGCACCGAGAACACCAAAUCGCGUCCGCUUCGAGGUUGAGGAUCGCAAUACGAAUGGACAUGCGAAUGGGCAUAUUGGCCUUCCCAACGAUGCUUGGAUAGAAGAGGAGGACUUCAUGACCAACGAUGCCGGACACAGCGGGCGGCGAGACAGCUCACAUCAGCGGCUGCCAUUGCUGACGGACAUCGAAGCUCCGAGUAUUACGGUAGCGAGCUCGGAUAUGGGCUUCAGUGCUGAGGACCUGCUGGAAAGCGCUAGGCCGAAGAGUGGGAUGAGAAGUGCUUUCAUGAACAUGGCGAAUAGUAUCAUUGGCGCCGGCAUCAUCGGUCAACCAUAUGCUUUUCGUCAAGCGGGCCUCCUCACCGGUAUAUUCCUCCUAGUUGCGCUCACAAUCACAGUGGACUGGACCAUCCGGUUGAUCGUGGUGAAUUCGAAGCUGAGCGGCGCCAAUUCCUUUCAGGCGACCGUGGAACAUUGUUUCGGGAAGUCGGGGUUGAUUGCGAUUUCGAUCGCUCAAUGGGCGUUUGCUUUUGGCGGCAUGGUGGCAUUCUGCAUCAUUGUCGGCGACUCGAUACCUCACGUCCUGGCGGCGUUGUUCCCUUCGCUGCCCAACAUGCCUUUCCUAUGGCUUCUUACGGAUAGACGGGCUGUAAUUGUAUUAUUCAUUCUGGGCAUUUCGUACCCACUAUCGUUGUAUAGAGAUAUCGCCAAGUUGGCAAAAGCGAGCACAUUAGCAUUGAUCAGCAUGCUUGUAAUCAUUGUUACAGUAAUCACUCAGGGUUUCCGGGUCCCUGCAGAAUCCAAAGGCCAGUUGAGAGGCUCUAUCAUCAUACACAAUGGCGUUUUCCAGGCUAUCGGCGUUAUUUCUUUUGCAUUUGUUUGCCAUCACAACAGCCUUCUCAUUUACGGCUCACUCAAGAAGCCUACAAUGGACCGCUUCGCGCGCGUCACUCACUAUUCCACAAGCAUCUCAAUGGUCGCUUGCCUGGUCAUGGCUCUUGCGGGCUACCUUACGUUCGGCGAUAAGACGCAGGGCAAUGUGCUGAACAACUUCCCCACGGACAACAUUAUGGUCAACAUAGCUCGAUUCUGCUUCGGCCUCAACAUGCUCACCACCCUCCCCCUCGAAGCCUUCGUCUGCCGCGAAGUAAUGACAACCUACUACUUCCCCAACGAGCCCUUCAACCCGAACCUGCACCUCAUCUUCAGCACCUCCCUCGUCGUCUCCGCCAUGACCCUCUCGCUGCUCACCUGCGACCUGGGCGCCGUGUUCGAGCUCAUCGGCGCGACGAGCGCAUGCGCGCUGGCUUAUAUACUCCCGCCGCUGUGCUAUCUGAAGCUGAGUAAACGCGGCGGCUGGGAGAGGUGGGCCGCGGUCGCGUGUACGGCGUUUGGGAUGGUGGUUAUGGGGAUUUCAACGGUGCUGGCUGUGGCGAAGAUUGUGAGGAGUGAGUGA